AUGUCAACAAAACUCGACCCGAACAGUCCAAUCUGUCUCUUCACCGUUGACAUCAUGAACAACUGGGCUAUGGAGUUUUUUCAGAUUCUCUUUUGUGUAAUGUGCAGUUUCACAGCAAUUCACGAUAUUUGUCUAGCUAUUAUUGCGGGUCUAAACUUUGAAAUGUUUUUGUUAAAUGGAAGAGAUUGUGACGGCUUAUUGUUUGAGCCAGGCGCUUGCUUUCCUUUAAGGAUCGUUUUCGACUUUGGGAUUUACGGUCAAACGAUUUCCCUUCUCGGCAUUGCCAUUGAGCGUUACUGUGCGAUUUCAAUGACGAAUCGCUACAAAUUCGUUUCUUCAACGCUGGGUCUCGUGUUAACGACUUUUGUGAUUGUGUUCACAAUGGCCCUUGUUCUCUAUGUACACUUUCAUGAGGAUCCCACCGAAUUACAAUUCAAUUGUGGUCCAGUCACUCGUACCGCUGCUUCUGCCGCGAAUAUUCUUCCACCCUAUUAUGCCCUCGUUCUACCGCCAUUCAUUGUGUUCAUGCUUCGGCGAAUCGAGCUCCAAAGAAAAGUGACAACUCAACGAAUGCUAAGAAAUCAAGGACUUUAUUCAGAGGCGAGACUUGAAUAUCUU